AUGCCGCUUGCCUCCCAUCCCUCCUCCUCGUCACUCACAGACGAGGCUACCGCUCGAGACAUCCUCACGACGACCUCAUGGCUGCCAGAGGCCUGGCCUAUCUGGCGUGCGGUGAUCAGCGGCCUGUGCGCGGUGGGCCGCUUCGACGUGGCUCUGCUCUUGUGCCUGAUGUGGUGCACCUUCGCCCGUCCGAUCGAGCUGAUGGCCUUGAAACCGGAUCACCUGCACGCGCCGAGCCGCGUGGCCACCUAUUGGACUCCCCAUCUGAAUCCAGAGGUCGAGGGGGUCCCCUCGAAAGCCGAGGAGUUCGACGUCACUACUUCGCCGCUGCGGAAGUUCUGCCAAAGUGCAGUGCUUCCCGCAUGGCGCCGGGGCCCCAGCACGACGCAAACAAUGGCGUUGAGCCCGCGAAAGAGAGGAGACGUCAGAAGGCCCCGUUCGGCCGCGGGGCCCCAGCGCAAUGUUCUGCUCACGCACUGUUCUGCUCAAGUCUCGGGCGGAACUGCCCUUUCGAGUUAG